AUGAUGCACCAACACAUUUCAGAACAACCUUUGGAACAGGAAGCUGGCCCUUCUAAUCUAGCAGGAUCCCAAAACCUUUCGUCUGUUGUUGCUUCUUCUGCUUGUGACUCAGCCGAGGGUCAUCCAUUGCCACAACCACGCGUUAUUCAGCAGGCUUUAGUUCGUCAACCUACAAUUGCUCAAUUCACUCAGAGAAAAAAAAUUACACCAUCUGAACAGGAAAGAUUAAAUAAACUGCUAAUGAAAUUGUUCACACUACAUUUUCAACCUUUCAGCAUUGUGGAAGACAAGGGCUUUGUUGAAUUUGUUCAUGGUUUAAAUCCCAUUUACCAACAACCUAGUCGUAAGUACCUUUCAAACACUUUACUGCCAUCAAUGUACGAGCAAGUUUUGAAUGAAACUAAAAUAAAACUUACUGAAGAAGCAACAAGUGUAUGCCUUACUACCGACUGCUGGACAUCAAAAGCAAAUGAGUCAUGUAUGGCCAUAACAUAUCAUUAUAUCGACCAAAACUACAUUUUGAAGUCGCUUCUCCUGCAGUGUGAAGUACUCCAUGGACAUUAUACCGCCAUAAACUUAGCAGGUCAAUUAAGGACAUGUGCAUCGACUUUGAACAUUACAGGCAAAAUAACCAUUGUUGUGUCUGACAACGCGAGUAAUAUAGUUUCCGCUAUCACGAGUGAGCAGAAUUGGCGCCAUUUUGGAUGUUAA